AUGCGGAUAAUUGACCCCCAAUCUGCUGUCCUCACCAAUGUUGAGGUUCUAUCCUACUUAACAGCCAAUCCACCCCGCCGCUCUCCGAAUCCGCCGCCGAACGCUGAUCGGCUAUGGGUACCUAGCCCUGACCUGAGAGAUCACAACACAGUCGUGAAAGAGAUCCACAACUAUGUCCUCCGUAUCUCCCCACAUCUCCUCAAAUACCCCCGCCACACCUCCCGUCCGUCCUCACGAUCGGCCGCCGCAGCUAGGACAGGGUCUAUGCGCCCAGCAGCUGAAAGCAGCAACAUAGAUAACAAUGACCUUUCAAAAUCUACAACUGUCCCGCCACCUGUCUUCGUUGAACAAACACCCAUGGACCGUGCUAUGCGCGAACUAAUAACGCGAUUAAAGCCCUUCAACCUGACCAAGGCUGAGGUAGUCAUGAUUCUCAACCUGGGUGUUGGCAUUACCUCUUCAUCGGGCGCGCAAGCUACAAAUGGUGAUGAGAUGGAGGUAGACGAUAAUGGGGACCAGGUUAAUGGGGAGGGCGAAGAAGGCGAGGCUGAGGAAGAUGAAGAUUUUGGGGCGCAGGCGCUUUUUGAGUCUGUUGUUGAAGAGAUGGAUGGGCGAAUGAAUCAAGAGGACGUGAAGGAGAUACUUGGGAUUAUUAGAGAGGUUUUAAAUGAGCAUUAUGGGGAGUAG